GGCCGGGGGAAGCCGCGGGGCCGGUCAUGCGGCUGCGGGGCCCGCGGCCCGGAGCGUCCGCCCAGCCCUGAGCGAGGCCCCGCAGGGCGCCCCCCGCCGCUGAGGAUGAGUCACUGCAGCAGCCGCGCCCUGACCCUGCUGAGCAGCGUGUUUGGCGCGUGUGGCCUGCUGCUCGUGGGCAUCGCGGUCAGCACGGACUACUGGCUGUACAUGGAGGAGGGAACGGUGCUGCCGCAAAACCAAACCACGGAGGUCAAGAUGGCGCUGCAUGCCGGCCUAUGGCGAGUCUGCUUCUUCGCAGGCAGGGAAAAGGGUCGCUGCGUGGCCUCAGAAUAUUUCCUUGAACCGGAGAUCAACUUGGUGACGGAAAACACGGAGAAUAUUCUGAAGACAGUGCGCACAGCCACCCCCUUCCCCAUGGUCAGUCUCUUCCUCGUGUUCACCGCGUUCGUCAUCAGCAAUAUCGGCCACAUCCGCCCACAGAGGACCAUUCUGGCCUUCGUUUCCGGAAUCUUCUUCAUCCUGUCGGGCCUCUCCUUGGUGGUGGGCCUGGUUCUUUACAUUUCCAGCAUCAACGACGAGGUCAUGAACAGGCCCAGCAGCUCCGAGCAGUAUUUCCACUAUCGCUACGGGUGGUCUUUUGCCUUCGCCGCUUCCUCCUUCCUACUCAAAGAGGGAGCUGGCGUGAUGUCCGUGUACUUGUUCACCAAGCGCUACGCGGAGGAGGAGAUGUACCGUCCGCACCCGGCCUUCUACCGCCCGCGUCUCAGCGACUGCUCCGACUACUCGGGCCAGUUUCUGCAGCCCGAGGCGUGGCGCCGCGGCCGCAGUCCCUCCGAUAUCUCUAGCGAUGUGUCCAUCCAGAUGACGCAGAACUAUCCUCCGGCCAUCAAGUACCCUGACCACCUGCACAUCUCCACCUCGCCCUGCUGAGGCCCCGCCCCUCGGAGAAUUCCUCUUCCUCCUCUUCCUCCUCCUUUUCUUCUUCUUCCUCCUCCUCCUCUAGAGCCUCCUGGGAACGCAGCUCCAGGCAACUCCCCGGGACUCCUGGCUCCCACGGGGAGGAUGCUGCGCACGCAUUAGCCCCGCCCUCUUCCUGGUGGCCCCGCCUCUUCACCCUAAUCCCGCCCUCUUUCCAAUGGCUCCUCCCACUUUCUUGACCCCUCCACUUCAUUGGUCCCUUCCACUUCCAGGUGACUCCCACCCCUAGAUGGCCCGCCCCCCCCCCAGCCAAUUUCCUCCUCCCAGGUUCCUCUGCUCCGCGCGGCGUCCACGUACCCUGAGCCCCCAGCCUUCCGCCUCGCCGCAGGGGCUCUGGGCUGGAGAGUGGGUUCCUGCGGCCGCCAGGAAUGCCAGCCGUCCUCUUCUCCCUUCUGCCCCAGCUUUUCUCUCUCCUGGCCCAGUCUCACCUCCGGACCUUCGGCGUCCUCAGGUGCCUGGAGGGAGGGCCCACAGGUGCGGGGGGGUCUCCGCCUGCAGCUCCUGGGUUGGGCAGGGGGCUGGAGGCCAUGGGUGUGGUUAACGUGGCCUCCUCCGACACACACACACACACACACACACACACACACACACACACACACACACACACACACACACACACACACACACACACACACACACACACACACACACACACACACACACACACACACACCUCCCCCCCCACCUCUCCCCUACACACACUUGAGAGGCCCCAUUGUUUUUCGCUUGCUGGACUCUUCUCCGCCUUAUGAAGGCUACCUGCCUUUUCAAGGGCGCUCUCUAAUGGAUCUUCUUGCUUUCUCAGCCGUCCGUGGCUUCUUUCCUCUUCUCCUUUCUCUUCCUCUGUCUCCUUGCCUCCUCUCCGCCGCCCACUCAAGCCCCUAGGUGCGUCCAGCCCCACACACCACACGACAAAGAUGGAGACCCUAGGGUGGAGGGAUUCCUCCAUGCCAUUUCCACGCCUGUGCCCGCCUCUUCCCCCUCGAGGCCCCGUCGGGGGAGGGAGAGGCAGUAGCGGGGGCCGACACCCCCCAAACCUCGAAGUCUUCCAUUUUCUGGCACUCCCCCUCAUUGAAGUCCCCCUUCCCAGCUCAGACCCCCAAAUCUGGCCUCUUUCAAGGGUCCGUCCGCCCCCUUGGACAGAUUGGGGGGGCCACAAGAAACUCACUACCCCCACCCCCUUAUUAGGGGAGGAGGGGCGAGGUAGCACAGUGUUGUACACGGAACUAGAAAGGCCCCCUGGGUGGGGGGAGGGGGGCAGGGGA